CAAAGACUUGACAGGAAUUUGACGUCUUUGGGAUAACCCUCACAGUUACUUGGAGAAGAUCUUUGUGGACAGAAGUGACAAGGAAGAGCAAUGUGCCCAGCCUAACGUGCAUCCAUCGUGCGUGAUUCGUGUGACUUUGGCAGCAUCAUGGCCGAGAGCAACAAGAACGAGCUGAUGGACAUGAAGGCGGAACCAUCGAGUCCCAGCGAGAAGCACUUCCAGCUGCAACAUCACUCCCGAUGCAGCAGUUCCGGAAGUAUCCACACACCGAACUCCUCGGCGCACAACACUGAUGAUGACGAGGACAGUGACACGAACAGGAGUAGCAGCUCCCUCAGCUACAAGGAGCGUCGCCGGGAGGCGCACACACAGGCUGAGCAGAAGCGACGCGAUGCCAUCAAGAAGGGCUACGACACACUCCAGGAUCUCGUGCCCACGUGCCAGCAGCAGAAUGAUGCAUCCGGGUACAAGCUGAGCAAGGCAGCUGUGCUGCAGAAGUCCAUCGACUACAUCAGCUACUUGCAUCAGAAGAAGAAGAAGCAGGAAGAGGAGCGUGUGGCACUGCAGAAGGAUGUCAUUGGGCUGCGAAUCAUCCAGAGUGGCUACGAGCAGAUGCUACAGAAUCAACAAGCAUCGCCCGGACGUACCGAAGCGCGGCUCAGCGAUGAAAUUAAAUUCCAAGUGUUUCAGGCCAUCAUGGAUGAGAUGUUCCAGACUUUUGAGACAAUCUCAAUGAAUGACUUCACAGAGCUCACAACGGGCGUUAUUCCGUGGCUGGAGGAGCACUGCAAACCCCAUUUGCUGCGUGACGUGGUGUCCAGGACGCUGAGGAACAUCAUUCCCAACGUAGCACCCACCAACACACCCAAUUCUUCCAUGGAAAUGUAGAAAAAACGGAAAAACUAAUUGCAGAAGGAGCUGUUGAGCAGCGUUGGGUGAGUCAGCACUUGACGUGCGCGUGAAAAUAAAAAGAUUUAUUUUUUGAUUUUUUUUUCUAAAGAAAUAAAUAGUUUGGGUUUAGUUAAUCGAGGGCUAGAAGAAAGUGGGUGAAUUUAUUAGGGGUUCAAAAAAGAGCUUAAAAAAAGUGGACCAUUUUUCUAAAUUCAGCCCAAAAAUGUUUAAAAAUUGAUUUUUUUUCUUAAGAUUCUACGUUUUUCAUUCAAUUUCCUUUUGAUUUUUUAAGGGAUAAAAAAGCAAAUAAUUCAAGAUGUUUUUUUUCUUUUUUGUUGAAUUUAAAGGUUCCAAAAGUUCAUUAACUGUUAAAAUUAAAAUAAAACUUAAAAACUUGGAAAGAUAAAGGAAAACAAACAUUUUUUUUUUAAAUUUAAAAUAAUGAAUUUGAAUGAAGACCGUAAAAUAAAUUUUAUUAUCUAUUUUUCAAAAUUCUUAGCAAUACAAGUUAGUUAGUUGAUAGACUUUAUAGCCUGGGAAUGGAUUAUCAUGUAUAAAUUUAACAAUAAAAAAAUGGAAGAAUAUAAGAAUAAAUAAAAUGAAAAAUCUCUUUCAAAAAUAAGAAAAA